AUGUUUCUUCCUUCUACUAUCGCAUUCAUUGUAUUACAAAGUUUAUUCGUUUUGACAAGAGGUCAAACAUGUCGAAAUUUACCACUCUAUGCUCCUUGUUCAACUAAUCCUGAUUGUGGCUGUCUUCCGUUUUCAUCAGCAGAUGAACAAAGUGGAAUUUGUGCAUAUCUUCAUUUAAACGCUUCAAAACUAAGAACAUGCAAUGAAACAAAUUACUAUUGUGAUCAACCAUAUACUGUUUGUAUUCAUCAUCCAAAGUUAUCAAUAAGUCAACCAUUGUGUUAUCCAACUGGUAUGGCUGCACUAGAUCUUUGUCCGUCAUUAAAGACAAAUUCAAGUUCAUCUACAUUAUCACCGAUACCAGUUGAAGAGGUUUGUCGUAAUGUAAGCUGGGCUAAACAGGGUAGAACUGUUGCUGGCAGUAAUUAUAGUGGUACGGCACUCGAUCAACUUCGAAGUCCUACUGCCAUUCUAUUUGAUUUGAAAACGAAUACUCUCUAUGUUUCUGAUAAUGGAAACGCACGUAUCGUAACGUGGCAACCAGCUGCUAAGCGUGGAAAUGUCAUAGCGGGAGAUAAUGGCGAAGGAAAUAGAACUGAUCAACUUGGUUGGGUAUCAGAUAUAUUGAUGGAUUCAAAAGAUGGAAGUUUAAUUAUAUGUGAUGCAAGAAAUCGACGGAUCAUUCGAUGGUCGCGACGUGCCCAACAAGGAGAAAUACUGAUUAAUAAUAUCUACUGUACCGGCUUAGCAUUAGAUGAUCAAGCUUUACUUUAUAUUACUGAACAUGAUAAUAAUCGAGUUACACGAUGGAUAUUAGGAGAAAAUAUAACGCAUGAUCGGCUAGUAGCUGGUGGAAACGGCAAAGGUAAUCGACUUGAUCAAUUCAAUGAACCUUCAGCUAUUUUUGUUGAUCAAAAUCGAACUGUAUACGUAGCGGAUCAAUCUAAUGAUCGAAUUAUGAAAUGGACAGAAGGUGCAAAAGAAGGAAUUAUUGUAGGAAAGUUACGAUGGCCUCGAACAGUUCAUCUAGAUCAAUCGGGCAAUAUUUAUUCUAUUGAUGGAUAUUAUAGUAGAGUUAUGCAUUUCACACGGGAUAAUGUUAAUGGUACUAUCAUUAUUGGGGAAAAGCAAUAUACACUUAGCCAAGCAAAUGAUUUAGCGUUUGAUCAACAUGGAAAUAUUUUUGUUUCAAAUUAUGGUACUGGUCGCAUUGAUAAAUUUGAUAUUGAUCGAAGUGCAUGUUCUUCAAGAAAUGUUCAAUGA